AUGCCUGGGGCACCAUGCUUGGAAUGUCGACGACGAAAGAUUGGAUGCAACCGCUCUCACCCUUGCUCAUACUGUGUCAAAACCAAAAUCCAAUGCAUCUACCCAGCACCACCUAUAGCCCCAAGCACGGCCGGCACAGACAAGAUCGAGUACGUGGAACGGAGAGUUGACGGUGUUGAAGAGCGCUUAAGCGUGCUUGAGCGACAUAUGAAUGAGAUGAAACAGCUCGUGAUGGACAGGAAUUCCCCUUCACAGGGCCUACAGGAUGCAAACAGGCCAGUGUCUGAAGCUGUAGCUGUAGCCACGCAUGAAACGGCAUUGUCAAGUCAAGCGACACAAUCAAUAAUUACUAUUGAGCCAGCGCAAGAGAGCAAUGAAAUAUUCUCUCCCAUGACUCUCGUAUCAAUGUGGCAGACAUAUCUGGAGAGAGUAGACCCGUUGCUCAAGCUAAUCCAUGUGCCUUCUACGCAAAAGAUACUCAUGCAGGCAUGCAAAGAAAUAAAGAUUGCAAACCCGAAUACAGUUUGCUUGACAUAUGCAAUUGCUUACGCCGCAAUCUUGAGCAUGUCACCAAUGGAAUGCAUCUCGGACCUUCAACAUAGCAAGUCCGUGCUGCUGACGAGGUGUCGAAACAAAAUAGAUGAAUGUUUCUCCGAGAUUAACGUUCUGGAUACAAGAAAUAUGAACGUCCUACAGGCACUGGUAUUAUACUUGAAAUGUGGUCGCCUAGAUCCUCAGGGGCCCAACGUCCACAGCCUUAUUGGCAUGGCAAUCGGAAUAGCAAUUAAGAUGCACAUAAAUCGCGACGGCGAUCAGUCAGACAUUCCGCCUUUUGAAGCAGAAAUGCGUAGACGGCUCUGGUGGCAUAUCCUUACCUUGGACGUUCUGACUGCUCAAGAUAAAAGCACGGAUCCAUGUGUUUUGGGAAGCUCGUUCAACACAAGGACGCCAUCCAAUGUUAGCGACAGCCAGCUCGACCCAGAUAUGAGCAGGCCACCAGCAGACAGGCCUGAAAACACUGAAAUGACGUUCACUUUGUGCAAUUUCACUGUAGCUUUCUACUCGCGACAAUUGACGUUUUCAAAUGACUUUUGUCACGAAAAUCCAUAUCCAAUAUUGUCGGUUCAAGAGAAGUGCGACGCAAUUCGCAUGCUGGAAAAGCAGAUUGAGACUCAGUAUCUGCAAUACUUUGAUAAUUCAGUACCAUUGCAGAGAAUUACGAUGCUGGCUACGAGACUUAAUUUGCUGAGGAUGAAACUUUCCGUGAAUGGUCAAUCUUUCAAAGAAUCAGGUUCCAGAUACGACCAGCAAUUCAUCCAAGAUUGUGCACUUUAUACGGACUAUGUCUCUUCUAUGAAGAAUUGUCAAAAAAGCUCAUAUUUCAUGUGGUUUUUCGACAAUCUGCUGAAUUGGUCCGUUUGA